AUGAGUGGGCCAUUGUCCCAAGUAGAUGGGCCAGCUAAAGAUACUAAAAAGAAGUUAGCAUUUAGUACCAACAGCCAAGAUAGCCAUACAAGCCUCAGGGUGGACUCAUUUUCUUAUCUCAACAAUGGUGGAGAGAACUUUACUUUUAAGGUCUCGGGGCCGGUUCAGGAUCCCGCUCCGGCUUUCAGUUUUCCUCGAGAGAGACUACGUCCAAUAAAUGUAGGAAGAACAAAUUGUAAAAAUGGAAUCGAUGUAUUUGGGGCUGACAAGUACUUUAACGUGAAACUGGAUCGUAGGGUAAGAGUGGAGCCACCAGUAGGACCGAGAAAUCCGAGUGUUUGUUCUCAAGAAAGUAACAUGAACAGCCAAAAUGUGUUGCUGCAGAGGACGCACAGAAUUGAAUCUCAAACGAAGCAAAAAAGACUGUUCGGGAGGAGAUUUUUUGCUGGUCUUGUUUGCCAAGGACCUUGUUUCAAUAAGAAAUCUGUUCAUGUUAAUGAAAUCGUGGCACCUGGAACGACAACAGAAUCAAAGCCUACUCGAACUGGAUCAAAAAGGGUCGAACAUUUUGCAUCCCAGGUUUCCAGAUCCGGGGCAGAAAAUUUGACAGUUGAGGAUGAAGAGUUGAAGGAAGAAAAACCGGACGAGCCUCGGAGAUCACUUGAAGUGUUUGGUUCGUGCAACUCGUAUAUGAAAGGAGGCGUCGCUAGGAACCUGGAAAGGAAACUCUCCAUGUUAACUUGGGAUGCUAUUCCAAAAUCAGGCCAGAAUCUUACAAUUUCUACUCCUGGAAAUACUCCAAUUUGUGAUGACAUGGCUAGUGAUGCUAGUUCUGAUUUAUUUGAAAUAGAAAAUAUAUCAAGCAUGGCUUAUUCGAAGUUAAAAGUUGAAUCUGAUCUUUAUCAUAUGCCGAGCUGUAUGAGCCCGAGUCCUACAACGCAGUAUGCGCCGAGUGAGGCCAGUAUUGAGUGA